GCUGGAGGUGAUGCAACUUAUCAUAGCAAAGCUGCAAAACGUCUCGAUCGUGACGUCCAAGACAACGUCGAGUCGGAGCUUGCGGAUAUAUGUGAAAAUCUGAACCUGACCUCGAGUCAGCGUCGCCAGCUUCUGACAGCGCUUGCAGAGCGGUCUCCAGUGCUUGCAAAAUCUUACCGGGAUGUCGAUGACGUGCCUGCAUUGCGGGAUAGGUUUUUACCUGGGCCGAGGAGAACAAGAAGAGAAGUGGAGGAGUGCUAUCGUGGAGGAAAACGGAGACGACCGCCCGACCUUGAGAAGAGUCGAACGAGCAGACGAGAGAUGGGCAGCAGCAGAGGCGGAAGCAAUAGUGAGGAGGUACUACGAGGAGAUCCCUUUUAGUAGUUGUGGUAGUGAUGAACAGAUCGCCAGGUUAAUAUCUCUCUCCUUCACUAUCACUACAGGCACAGAUUCUCAGCGAGGACGAGUCAUCCCCAAGUUCGUCUAGGAGUCAUCUUCACGGACCAGGCUACUACUCAAGCUCAACGACAUGCAGUAUCCCCGAACUCUGGCGCACCCUCGGGAAUAUCAAGCGCAAACGCUUAGAAGCCGAGGAACGCUUGAAGAGAGCAAAACAAGACAGUCAGUUGAGGUUUCGCUUGUUACGACAGGAUGUGGAGCAGUUUCUUCUAGCAGAAAACGAUGAAGAAAGCCAAGCAAAGUCUACAUCUAGUAUCGAAGAUGAACCACAGACGCCAUUUGCACGGGAAGAACACCGAAUCGCUGCAGACGAAGCCAGGCUGCGGGCUGAGAAGAGUGAGUUUCUAGCGCAGAUGCAGGAGUUGGAGAGUAUGUGUAUUCGGAGAAGCG